GAAACAAAACCAAGAGCAAUGUGAUAGGAGUGUGGGACGCAGAAAGGAACAUGUCCAACAGGUUACCACCUGACUCAGCUGACUCUCCAAGGGCAGUUCGGUCAUUUGACAUCCGAAAACAAAGAGAGAGAAAGAGAUAAGCUCUCUCAACAGCACUCAGCAGACAGAGAGAGAGAGAGAGAGAGAGAGAGAGCAGAAGAAAUCAGAAUGGUGACAGAACAAGAGAUAUCGCAAGCCUUACAAGCCCUAAUCCACGACACCACUUCCAACCCGAACACCACCACCCCGACCUUCACCACGCUAAACGACGUCGUCCAGCAGCUAGAGUCCAGGCUAGGGCUUGACCUCUCCCACAAGACCGACUUCAUUCGCGCCCAGAUCCACUACUUCUUCCGAUCCCACCCACCAACUCCUCAGGCCCAAUCCCAACCCCAGCACCAACAACAACAACAACAACAACAACACCAACAUCAACACCAACUACCUCAGCCUCAGCACCCAAAAGACCAUUUUGCCCUCAACCAGGCCCCUAAUUACCACCACCCCACUCCCUCCGCCUUCCAGACCUUCUCGUCCCAGCCCCCGCCUCCACUUCUCAAGCCCGAACCUGGCUCCGCCGCUCCUGUAUCGGUUUCUGGCUCUAACACGCCCAAGGACAGCGCUAAACCUAAAGCUAAGAGAAAAGGUGGCCCAGGGGGUUUAAACAAACUUUGUGGUGUUUCACCUGAACUUCAGGCCAUUGUUGGCCACCCAACUCUCCCAAGGACUGAGAUUGUGAAGCAACUGUGGGCUUACAUAAGGAAAAACAAUCUCCAAGAUCCUGGUAACAAGAGGAAAAUUAUUUGCAAUGAGGAGCUCCGACUGGUUUUUGAGACAGACUGUACUGACAUGUUUAAGAUGAACAAGUUGCUUGCUAAACAUAUUAUUGCACUUGAACCAUCAAAACAGUCAGUUCCCAAGAAGCCCAAGGUGCCCAAGGUUGCCGUGGAGUCUGGAACGAAAAGUACUGAGCCGGGUCCUUCUCUAAUAAUAUCUGAAGCACUUGCAAAUUUUUUUGGUGUUGGUGUAAGGGAGAUGCUCCAAUCAGAGGUUUUAAUGCGUAUCUGGGAAUACAUAAAGGUGAACCAUCUGGAGGAUCCUCAAAAUCCAAUGGCUAUACAAUGUGAUACAAAGCUUCAAGAGAUCUUUGGUUGUGAAAGCAUCAGUGCAUUGGAAAUACCAGAUAUUUUGGAACGUCAUCACAUAUUCAGGAGAUGAUAACAGUUGCAGAUAUAUGGCGUGAUAACUUGUGCGCCAAUGUUGGGGGAAAUUGACGCACCUUGAUGUCUUGUACUUUGACAACUUGUAUGGCACGUUUUUAGCUCAUGUUUGUAAGUAGUAAUAGUAUGAAAAUGUACUAAGGGUUCAUGGCAGGUCUUAUUUUGCAAAUUGCGCCAUGGUUUGUCUGACCUUGCUGUUAGGGUAGACUGAGAGCUUUUGGAGUUUCUAACACCUGUAAAAUAGCAGACAGUAGGAAACAAAAGCAAAUGUAAGGAGAUCCUAACUUAUUUUCAGUUAUGAAUGUAUGUAUUUAUUUAGUCAUUGGGAUGCAACUUACCAGCGAGCCUGAAAAUGAGGGUGUCAUUGAGAUCUAGAACUUAGUUUUGGUACGACAAUCCUAAUGUACUUUUCUUAAUCCAUGUAUUAAUAAUGUAUUCUCUGA